AUGGCCAACGACACAUCUCCAACUUCACCUCCGGGCUCGGAAGGUACUUCCUCUUCCUCUCUCCCUCCCUUGCCCGACCCGUCAACAGUGGGACAAAUCCCUCCACGACAAAAGGCUACCUUCUCCGAUGCCAUCAAUAGCAUUAGCUGGGAUAGUCUGUCCAACAUUCAUAAGACGCCAUGUGCACGGCAGACAUUCCUGACCGGUAUUGCGACUGGAUUCGCGUUUGGUGGGGUGAAACUCGUUCUACGGGCGCCGUUGUAUAGUGCCUGUAACUGGGCCGUUGGUAUGUUUACUGCUACAUCCUGGGUAGUAUGGGAGGCUUGUGAAUGGCGUAGAGGAAGAGAGCAAGACGGUAUGAUUCGGGCGAUGCAGAUCAUUGAAUACAAAAAACUAGAGAGGGAGAAGAAGCUAGAGGAGAGGAGAGAACAGUUGAGAGUACGGAAAGAAGAGGACGAGCGGCUGAAACGGGAGGCCGAGAAGAGAUGGUGGAAGCCAUGGUGA